GUGACGAUUAGUUUAAUGAAAGCUAUAGUGAGUAAGAUGGGUUUGAGAGUGAUAGUGUUGGCGUCAGUGGUGGUGACGCUGGCUGGAGUGGACUCUUCGGCAGAUGUCAUGAAGGAGUUAACGAUAAACUUCGCCAAAGCUUUGGAUCAGUGCAAGAAAGAACUGGACCUACCAGACUCGAUAAACAAGGACUUCAACAACUUCUGGAAGGAUGACCAUGACAUCACCAACCGCCUUACUGGCUGCGCCAUCUGGUGUCUGUCGUCCAAACUGGAGAUGCUGGACCAAGACUUCAAGCUGCACCACAAAAAUACUCAUGAGUUUGCUAAGAAGCAUGGGGCCGACGACGCCAUGGCUCAGCAGCUGGUAGACCUGAUCCACGGCUGCGAGAAUUCCGUCCCGGCCAACCCGGACAUCUGCCUCAACACGCUGGGCAUCGCCAAGUGCUUCAAGAUGGAGAUACACAAGCUGAAUUGGGCGCCCGACAUGGACCUCGUUAUAGCCGAGGUCUUGGCUGAAGUUUAAUAUCGUGUCUCAGAUAAAUUAAAUUACUUUCCCCACA